AAUUUUUCUAAUCUUUAGCUCUAUAGGAUAAUAAUUAACUUGACUGGUAUCAUUGAUAUAUAUUUAAUGAUAAUGGUUAGAUUGGAUGACAUCUCUUUAUGAUGUCGAAAAUACUAUAACCUUUGAUCCAUUUUGUGGAUUUUAUUUACAUUGAGUGUCACCUUCUUUUUGGAGUAAAUGAUAAAUUAUUGGAUCGUUAACUUCUAUCCAUCAUCCAUAUAAUGUUCAGAAUCUUAGUUACCCUAUACAGCUUUGAAAAAUUGUAAACCUUACAUUAUGCUUAAUAGGAUGCAUGUUUCAUGAGAUAUUGGUUACCCGCUCUUUAUUUUUGUGUAGUCCAUACUAUGUAUAAGCAGAUGACUUCUAUACAGCACUAGCACUUUCUAAAUGCAUUUAAUUAGUAACAAGUUCAAAAAUGAU